AUGAGGAUAGUAUCGGGGAAUGAACACUGGUCAAGAAAUCAAACGACGAGCAUAGAUGCGAAAAUGAGAAAAGUACUGCUAACGAGAGUGAUGUGCAUAUACAGAACUUUCUUGUCACCGUAUUGGAGCAUCCUUAACCGCUCCUUGCCGACACAUUUUGCUUCAUGUAUGCCUCUUUGGGGCAUCUGA